AUGUCUGCCAUUUACGAAAACCUCCGGCAGCUGAUAACUAUCGUAGAUGAGCUCCGGGACGUGGGCUUGCAGCAUUACAUCAGCCUGCCGAGAAUCGCGGCAAUCGGGACGCAAAGCAGCGGAAAGAGUUCCCUGAUCGAGUCCAUUGUUGGCCUUGACUUCCUGCCGCGCGGCGGGGGCGUGGUCACUCGACGACCCCUGGAGCUGAGGCUUGUGCACUUGAACACUCAGGAGUAUGCCGAAGACAAGGCAUGGGCUGUCUUUGACAAAGUCGGGGACAAAAAGUUCACCAACUUUGAUGAGGUCAGACAAGAAAUCGAGCGUCAAACCGACCAAGUGGCAGGAUCCAACAAAGGCAUUGUUAAUGACCCUAUCAUUCUUACCAUCUACGCCACUGGGGCGCCAGACCUUACACUGAUUGACUUGCCAGGCAUCACUAGGGUGCCAGUGAAGGGCAGUGAUCAGAGGGAGGAUAUCGAAAAAUUGACGAGAGACAUGACACUCCACUACAUCAACGACCCUCGCACGAUUGUCUUGGCAGUCCUGCCAGCCAAUCAGGACAUGUCUGUUUCGGACAGCCUCCAACUAGCUCGCCAGGUCGACCCCCAGGGCUUGCGGUCAAUAGGCGUUAUCACAAAGAUCGACAUCAUGGAUCAAGGCACUGAUGCGGCAUCCAUGCUCAGAGGUGAGGAUGUGCCCUUGCGCCUUGGCUAUGUCGGUGUGAAGAUGCGCAGCCAGCAAGACAUUGUGAACAAGAAGGCAGUCAAGGAGUCCUUGAAAGAUGAGAAGGAUUGGUUUGACAACCACCGAGUUUACAGCAAGCUUCCGCCAGGGAUGAUUGGAACCCCAGUUUUGAUUGACAAGUUGACGCAGAUUCUCUUCAAGCACAUCCGACGGUUCCUCCCCGAAAUCAAAAAGGAGAUCAAUGAAAAACGCAGGUCUGUCCAAGAUCGUUUGGACGAGCUCGGAGAAGGUGUGCCGCUGGAAACUGCAGAAAGGGUCCAGGUGAUGUGGACCUUAGUCACAGACUACUGUGAGAUGUUCAAGAACACCAUUAGGGGGAAGUAUGAUCGAAAGUUGCAGCGGUACAUGUGCAAUCUUCCAGGCAGCGGUUCACAAGGAGGGUCAGGCGGAGCAAAGAUUCGCACCAUAAUGAAUGACUUCCUCAUUGAUUUUAUGGAGACCAAAAUCACCUCAAACAUGUCCGAUGAUGAUAUUGAGAAGGCCAUCCGCUUGCACGAGGGUGACUCGUUGCCUGGCUUUCCUUCACCUGACACGUUUGAGUUCCUGGCCCUCCCUCAUUUGCAGAAGCUUGCGAUUCCCGCGGUGGAGUGUGUGCACAACAUUGCCGCGGCUCUGGACGUUCUGUCACAGCGCAUGGCGCACGCUGUGUUCCGCCGUUUCCCCAAAAUGGCAGAGUCUGUGCUAAACAUGACUCAGAACAUCAUCCAGGAGCAGAAGGAUGAGACCAGAAAGAUUGUGGAAGAGCAGGUUGCUUGCUACGUCGGCUACCUGUUCACCAAUGACCCCGAGUACUUGAUCAACCAUGGGUCCAUGGAACCCAUGUACGAGAGCCAGCAGCAGAAGCCACCUCCUCCAGUUGAGGAGGAAAAGAAAGAGCCCGGCAUGGCAGAGAAAAGCUUUCAGCAAGUGAAAGAUGUCACUAAGCAAGGCUACCAAAGUGUCAGUAGCACCAUGAGCUCCCUGUUGAAGAACAAGGAGGCUCAACGCAAGCAGCAGCGCUAUAGUGGCCCCUUCGUUCAGGAAAUUCGGAAGCGCCUAGAUUCUUAUUUUGAGAUCACGGUGAGAAACAUCAGAGACUCGAUUCCGAAAGCCAUUGGCUUCUACCUUGUCAGAGCGGUGCAGGACAAGUUGCAGUUCGAGCUUCUCAAUGCUCUGAACCAACCAGAAAAGCUGUCUGAGCUUCUGGGAGAGCCACCCCACAUCAUGGAAGAAAGACGGACAUUGAACAAUCAGCUGCAAGUGCUGAUGAAAGCAAGUUCCGUCUUGACAAGAGACCCAACGCUCGCGGCCAUAGCCUUUGAGGCUGAAGAUGAGGCAGCGGCCCCGGCGCCUAGUGCGCCCAAAGCAAUACCACGCCCAACAACGACCCCCUCCCCAACACCUGCUGCUCCGACAGUGCCUGUCUCCACUAUGCCUUCCUCAAAGCCAGCUGCUCCAGCUCCGGGGCCCCCAGCUCCAAAGCCAGCAGGGGCAGCAAGCCUUUUCGGCGCACCAGCAGCAGGCAGGACAACACUCUUUGACGAAGGUCAACCCAAGCGCCCUGCAGCUAAGAACCCUCUGUUUGCUGAUAGCUGA